AGCUUCAACCCGGAUACACGGCGGCCAUACAACCCACCCCUAUGAAAAGGUGUUGAGCAGGCGGUACGACUGAAACUCGGGCGGAAAACCGGCUUCGUCUCGCGCAGAGGCCCUGUAUAACGGGCAGAACCCGGCGACGGAAACAGAGCAUCACCUGCGUUUGCGGCAUAUUCGACGGACUUCAUGGUACCAUAGUUUCCCGUACCAUCGCGCAUCGUCGCCUUGAAAGAGCUCUCUCUCUCUCUCUCUCUCCAGAGCUCUGUCGCUUCAGCGAAAAUGACCUUGCAACUCCGAGAUGCGGCAGAUGCGGCCGCGCAAACACAUCCAGGCCUACAUAAACGCAUCCAUAUUCCACUAGAUGUUGACAGCCCACCCGGCCUGAUCGAGGCAAACACCGUUGACCCCUGGAUCGAGUCCGGCAAGUAUGCGAGAGGAUGGACCUUCUUCGCUCUGGCGCUGAUGGCGGCCGUCAUCUUCGUACGGGUUUGGCAUUUUUGGCAGGACAAGAUUCGCCAGGCCAUAUACAAGCAAGAGAUGGAAAAGCAUUACGAGGAGCUGUAUGCCAGGGACCCCGAUCGAGCCACCGCCCUACGAUCCGGUCGGAUGGCACAACACUUCUUUCCAGAGGACGAGGGUCUUGGCGAGAAGCAGUUCCGCCCUAAAGCUCACUUCUCGUCUGUUGGCUGGUUCAAUGACAUCCUCGCGCUUUUCCGCUGGGUCUUCUACCGCCCCAUUCCCGACAUCACCUGGAGACGACAUCGCUUCACCUUCUCCUCGCUCGCCGUCUUGACCGUCGUCUUCAUCGCCACCCUUUUCGCCGUCCUAUACUGCUUUUUGCUGCAACCCCUAUACUGGCAGAGCAUCCAGUAUGGGUCGCCACCUGUCGCCAUCAGAGCCGGCAUGAUCGCGGUCGCCCUGACGCCCUGGAUCAUUGCCACGAGCUCGAAGGCCAACAUCUUGACUAUUGUCAUCGGCAUCGGACCCGAACGCCUCAACGUUUUUCAUCGAUGGGCUGGCUACCUCUGCCUCUUUCUCUCCUUGGUCCAUGCCAUUCCGUUUUACGUCCAGCCGGUUUGGGAUGAUGGUGGCAUGGACGUAUUUCAGGCCCUGUUUGAGGGAGGAAGUGGCGUCAUUUAUGGAACCGGCAUUGCCUGCCUCGUCCCGCUGGCAUGGCUCUGCAUCGCUUCGCUCCCAUUCGUCAGGAGGAUCGCAUACGAGGCCUUCGUCCUCCUCCACAUCCCCGUGGCCAUGGCCUAUCUGGGUCUCCUGUUCUGGCACAGCAAGAACUACCUCGCAUCUUGGGAUUAUCUAUGGGCCACGGUCGCUAUUUGGGUCUUCUGUCUCAUCCUCCGCGCCUUCAAUCUCAACUGGCUGAAGCCAUGGCGCCUGGCCUUCAUGGUGGGCGACGAGGCCGCCAUUACCCUCCUUCCGGAGAAUGCCGUGAAGGUGACCAUCCCGACACAGAUGCGAUGGAAGCCGGGCCAGUUUGUCUAUCUGCGGAUGCCGGGCAUUUCUCUCUUUGAGAACCACCCCUUCACCAUUUCCUCGCUGUGCAGCGAGGAUUUCCCCUCGGAGUACGGCGACCAGUACAGAGACUGCGUCAUCGUGUUCAGGCCGUAUGGCGGCUUUACCCGCCGCGUGCUGGAGACGGCCAUCGAGAAAGGGCCGUUCCACACCUACCGUGCCUUCCUCGACGGGCCUUACGGUGGCAUGCGGAGAGAUUUGGCGGCCUUUGACACGUGCAUCCUCAUCGCCGGCGGCACAGGGAUCACGGCCUUGAUGUCGCAGCUGCUUAACCUCAUCAAGCGAAUGCGAGAUGGCAAGGCCAUCACGAGGAAAGUGGUGGUCGUUUGGUCCAUCAAGCACCUCGAGGCCAUGGACUGGUUCCGCGAGGAGCUCCGCAUCUGCAGAGAAGCGGCGCCUCCUGAGAGCGUAACGUGCAAGUUCUUCGUCACGUCCGCCGUGCGCAAGCGGCAGGAGAUGAUCGGCGGCGACCGCCAGGCUUCCAGGGCCCUCGGCCACAUGUUCCACGACAGACUGGAUGGUUUCGUCGCCGGCAUCGCGUCAAAGCGAAACUCUGCGCUCAUUCAGGCCGAGGCGCAAGGCGAUCCAGAACGCGAGCGCGAGCUCCGCGCUGAGAACGAAGACAGGAUUACGGCCCUUCCACACCCGAAGUAUCUCCAACAAUCGCAACAAUCGCAACAACACCAGCAGCAGCAGCAGCACACCGGCUCUCAGUUCACCGACCGCUACGCCGCGCAGGAGGAUGCCUUUCACCGAGGCGGCGACGGCCACCAGCACCACGUCGAUGUGGAGCAAGGUGAGCAGCAGCAGCAGCAACAGAGGGAGUCAAAGAAGACGCGUGAAUUUCACUUCCCGCCCCUUGAUACCAGAGACGCACCGCAUUUCAAUUAUGCGCCAGUCUCCCCUCGCAAGUUGCCGGGCGAGAAUCCGGAAUACGUCGACGACAACGAUACACCGUACCGCGACUCCCCGACCGAACUUCCCGUACGGGCGCCCGAGCUCGCCCACCUCCGCAACCUCGACACGCGGCCGUCGAAAGACCAGACGCGGCCGACGAGCACGUUCGGCCCGCCAUCGGGGUUCGAUUUCGGCUUCCCGGAGACACCGACCGAGUUCCAAAAGAACCUCAUGCGGUCGGCAUUCCCCGUACCGCACGAGAUUGACGGCGGCUGGAGCAUCGAGUACGGCCGGCCGGACUUGGGAUACAUGCUUAAGCAGUGGGCCACGGGUGGCGCCGACGGGCGUGGCAUCUUGGGUCGUCGGACGGCCGUGUUCGUGUGUGGACCGGCGGCGAUGCGCGUCGGCGUCGCUAACACGGUUGCUCGGUUGCAGGCGGAGAUCUGGGGGGAUGACGAGCUGGAGGAGAUCUACCUUCACACGGAAAAUUAUGCUCUAUAGGCACGACCCGACAAUAAGCCCUGGAGGCUAAAGGUUGGCCAUCGUAAAGGACUUCUUUUUGUCUCCUCACUCUAUUUAUACGUUGAUACCACGAGCAAUCGCAUUAUUUGGGAGGAAAAGGACGGUGUAUUGGUUGGCAGGUGUAGGGUAUAUAUUGGGUUUUCGGGUUCUGUCCCUCUUGUGAUACCUCGGUUACUCACCCACGAGUCUUUUUUCAUCUAC